CACCACUACGUACUCGACUUUUCCUCCCUCCCAGAACCGCGUGCGAGCUUGGGCGUGAUCUUGCUGAAGCUCUCCAACGUCCAUGACAAGCUUAUUGGGCUGUUGUGGCGGAAAGAGACUUUCUGGGCUUGCCCAUCCCGUCUCCUCCUCACUUCCUCCUUGGUCGCCCUGUCGCCGGCCACCCCCGCCCGUCGCUCAUUGCCCUUUACUGUCAAACUCCCAGCUCCUGCAACUCAAGCCUCAUGCGCAAUUGAACAUCAAAUCCCCUCACAUUGAGUCGAGACCUCGUCUUCACCGCCAAGCGGCGUUUUACGUGUUACCCUGGAGCAACGCUAUCAACUCUGCUCUGCCCUUCCAGCGUUGAAAGAUAUCUUCCAUCCCUACCUACCCUUUUCUCCUCCCUCCCCCUGUACAUACUGCCCCUUUCAUCCCUCCUCGUAUGUUUUCGGCAGGGAUGAGACAUACAUUCGUUUGCACGACGGCCUUAUAGCUCUAAUCUCCUUUCAUUCGUUCCUGUCCACCUCCCAACCAUGAGACGCAUUCAGGGUCGCGUGACGCGCGACGAUAUUCGCUCAGCCGGGCUGAGGCGAUGGGAUGGACGAGCUCGAGUCACCACGGACUGGGUCAAUCUUUUUCAUGAGCCUGAGCUAUGCUGGCCAACAGGAGACUGUCUCGUCUACUUGCGUGAACCGGGUCAGUCCAGUCGUGGACCGGCCUUUCGAGUUCACACCGCCUUCCUCAAAGUCAGAGGCUUCGAGUCUUUGGUGGACCGCUGCGUGGUGAGAAACUCGAUUCACGCGGCAGUGCAGUGUGUCCUCCCCAAUUGCUCAGGAUGUGACCCUCAGGAGUCAGUACAAGAACUGUACAUCCCAGCACCUCAUGGGGCAAGCCUCGAGGAUAUCUUCAACCAUCACAUUACGACACGGAACUUCUUCGCAUGGCUGUACAACCGACCACUGGCGGGUCGGACGCUGGGAUCGGCUUUGGCGGCGCUGAAGAAAAGGGUUGAUGUCUAUCGGCCCGAUGAUAGCUCCCAGAACAAGGUGGAAGUGCUGUCGUUUGCGGAGAAUCAGAGGUAUCUGGACUUUAGGGAGUGUGUUGAUCAUGCUUUGGCAUCGCUCUCCUUGGCCGAGGCUCUUCAGGUCGAGGAUCUUUGGGUCGACGCAUUUGCCCAUUGCGUGGGCAUGAGCCACCGUGGCCUUCGAUCAAGCAUCGAAUAUGCGGGUUUGAGCGCCAAGUCCAAGACACUCAUCAAUCGCGCAAGGCUGGAAAUGGACAUUCGACUGGACAGGGUCAACAAAUCCGUCGUCACAUUCUUUGAAAACGACGUCUCAGGAAGCUUCCUCGGCCUGCCCCAGCCCGCGAGAGAUCAUCUCAACAAAUUCCGCUCUUUCCUCAAAUCAUUCUACCUUGAUCGAUAUGGUUCUUGGCCCCCUAAUGAUUUCGAAGAAGAGGUCGUCCAACAAACCAUAUACUCGACUAUGUUCUCGGACUUCCGGAACCUCUAUCAGCACCUGGUCAAUCCCGAGUCCACGGUGGAUAUGGAAGAAAACGACAUCACCAAGACUGGCGGCGUGUGUACUCUUCAGAACAUCCAAGCUUUUGAUAAGAAGCACUCCUAUGAGCCCCUUGCUCAGCCACUACCUCUAUUACCGGAGCCUCUGGAAGCUAGCUCAGCUCCACGCCCCAAGCUUCAGCGAAGAAUGUCUUGGAAUCCAAUCCAAAAACGCAAGGCGCUUAGGGAGACACGAAAAGCGCACGACAAACGCGCGUUGAUUGGUGCCUCGAACCGAGACCUAUUGGUCAUGGACUGCCCCUUGGUCCGGAAGUACUCCGAGUUCGAGGAGAUGACCGUUGACGAUGAUCUCGAGGGCGUCUCUGCCAUUGAAGGGCGUAAAGUGAGAUGGAUCCUGGUUUAUGCCGUGCUCCAAACUUUCCAUUCCAUUGCCCAGCCUCCGAAGGAAGUACGCAACACUUCCAACCUAACAUAUUCGCUUUGCUGUCAGCCUCCCAAACAAAAGCCAUGGCAAGAAACGUCAUUGCCUCAGGUCCGUACCCUGAACAAAAAAAAGUCUCUGCUAGCUCCCGAUAACCGCUAUUCACACACCAAUGUGUCAUCUUCCUCGCUGGGUGAGACACUGACAAGAGGGAGAUCGGCGAAGAUGCGUCGGCGCACACUCCCGGCGAAUCUGCCCGGGUCUUUGAUGACCUCUUUGUCAAUCAAAACACCGCCAGCCUCCCGCUCUGCCUCACUCCGAAGACUGAUAUCUCGUGGAGGCCAGACCAGUAGGGAUGAGAUGCCUUCUAAGCGUCCUUCCUUCUGUGAAAUCUACAUUGAAGGCUACGGAAAUGGUCUGAAUGAAGUUGCUCGUAAUGUGUCGGAACCUCCUCCAGUGGAGCUUACUGCCGAACCUGAGCCGGUAAUCAAAGAGGACCAGCAAGAACCACAAGAGCUUCAGGGUGACAUUGUCCAUGAAAUGGCUGCCAACGACACCGAGAACUUACCUCCUCUACCAGAAUCGGAGACAUCGGCAACAACACCACCAAGCAUGUCUCGUGAGUCUUCCAAUUCGUCCGUCAGCAGCGCGUCUUCCAAUAGCAACGAGGACAGCGACGUUGCCCCGAUCACACCGGCAGGCAACGCCGCAUGCACACUCGAAGAGAUCCUGAAGUCUACCAGCAUCAUCAAACGGCGGAACGAUGUCAAAUCAGACCUGGCCCCAACCGCCAUCAGGCAGCGACCCCAGUCGCUUGUUCUUCGAGGGAAAGUUCCUCAUAUCAACAUCAUCAGCAGUGACCGAGAUGACCCAGAUUUAGAAAUGCCGUACGUCCACUUCAACACACAGACCUGGGACAUGAUUUUGGCGCAGAGACCAAUGACUGCGCCCAGUCCGACCGCGAUCGCUGCAUAAAGCUUGCGGAAGAGCAAGACCACCGAAAGAGGAACGCUGACGGUUUCCCUCUCCAACUUACGAUAUACAACCAACAUCCCAUACCCGCAGUUGCCUCGCUUAAUGAUACGACAAGCAAGAGCAGGGGAAGCAUCAUCAUACGCGAGGUUUUACUAUAGGAAGAAGGGGGAUGGGUUUAUAAUGACACGAAUCUCAUUCCCAACACAAACACCAUGACUCUUUUUUUGGCAGCCUGCAGGCGAGGUGGGAUCUAAUCAUGGCGGCGUUCUUUGCGUUUCGAUACCCUUGGGCGAGAGUGGUUAAUCGUGCGGCGUAGAGCACACUCCUCCGCUACGCGCAUUCUGGAUAUGUUGUCAGUUGAGCAGGCGGAUGAAAGCGCACGUAGCGGAAUAUUUUAGUCGAGUCCCCG